AUGAAACGACGACGUCGGUUCGCGUGCCGUUUGGUGCGCAUAAUGUGUGGACGCCGCCUGCCACAAACAUGGAACACAGUGCUCGUGCUGUAUACUAUUCACAUGUACUUCACAGUACCGAUGAUGGUCGCUGCAGGGAUAAAGGACAAAACGACAGGACUCCUUCGUCCAUACCGAGAUCUUCAAAAACAAGGAAUCCUACUUGGUGACAUAGAAGACGAUGUUCUUGACAUUUUCUACGAAAAUGCUUGA